AUGCAGGAAAAUGAAGAGACUGCUCCGUUGCUCGACGAUUCUCAACCUGUAGGUGAAACGAGAUCGCAACCCGCGACGAUGAAGGUUCCGGAGGUGGAGAUCCAUCUGUUUUUGAGUGGGAGAGGUAUGAAUCCGAUUGAUGUUUUCAAGUGGAAUCUCGGAGGUGAGGAGCAUGAUCAGCUCGAGGUUAUACCUAUUCUUGAAAAAUAUGGAUUAAAAACCAUCUUCGCUUUCACCGUUGACGAAGGUGGAGGUUUCUGCGUCCCAAUCCGAUUUAACCCUACGAACGGCCGGUCUUUGCUGACGUACGGGAUGGUACAGUCGUUCACAUCCUAG